AUGCGAGAGUUAAAGCAUUUUCCGGUCAAGGUCGACUUUCCUGUCUAUUGUGCCGGUUUCAAUCCUGCUGGCGAUGUUCUCUUAGGAGGCGGUGGGGGCUCUCAAAAUUCCGGCGUAAAGAAUAAACUGGCUUUGUAUAAACUUGACAUUGCAAAGGACACUUUUGAGAGAAUCGUGGAAAUAGAACUUAACAAAAAUGAAGACGCACCAACGUGCAUGACCUUUCACAAUGAAGAUAACAUUGUUGCUUGUGGCAUUAACAGUUCAGCUGAAGAUAUAGAAGCCGGUAAAAAUAGAAAUUGCCGAAUAUUUAGAUAUUCGAAUGACAAAAUCGAAUUGACAAACAUGGUUCAGACCAUCACAAGUACGAGCACUGAAGAUUAUCAAAAAGUUAUCGCCUUUAGCCGUGAUAAUAAACUUCUAGCAACCGGAGGGACUGACAGCAAGUUGACGAUUUUGAAAUAUCCGUUACUGGAAGCCGCAUUUCCACCAGUGAAUUUUGAUCGACAAGAAGUAUAUGACCUUGACUUCAAUCCAACAGGAGAUCAAAUUGCGGUCGCAUCUCCUAAAGUGCUACAAAUAUUGUCAACAAAGGAUGGCGUUUAUAGCAAAAUGGAAUGUCACCACAUGGGAAAGAAGUAUGACGAAGAUCGUCUCGAGAAAACCAAUCACCACGUUCGAAAUGAGGUAUAG